CCGAAAUUGGCAUUGGACGUGUCUGGAUUGUAAAGGCUAGUUCAAUAAAAUUUUGUACAUUACAAUGAAGAUUGACUUCUAGUGGGAAGAACGUGAAACAGAUCUCUCAGCAAAAACACCUAUAGGUGUGUAUUAUAAUUUAGUUGGGGAUCAUAUUGGCUCAAGAAAAUGCCGGGCACGCCUACUGCUCGAGUGAUGGAGGUGGAGGGUGUGGACACCAGUAAAAUCGAGGACUUUCCAUUGUCGGGGUUAAAGGUUGUAGGGGCGGUCCAAAUCGGACUAGGGGGUAUCUGUAUAACCCUCGGAUUGGUGGAUAUUCUUAUGUACGUGUUUGAAGAUCAAGAGGAAUUGUUUGCCACCGCAGCCAAGCCCAUCUCACCUGACCUACAGGAAGCUCGCUCAACACUAAUGUCUCUGACGAUCUCGUCCGCUCCCAUCUGGUGUGGUUUAUGGUUCUGUGUGGCCGGAGCAAUGGCAGCUUGUAUGUCGCAGAGGAACAAAUCGACGCUCAACUAUUUUAAAUUGACGUUCCUGGUUCUAAGUAUAAUGAACGCCGCCAUCUUCGGUCCUGUAUGUAUGACGGUAACAACCAUUGUCUCGGUAAUGAGACACACGAUGGAUGCCGAGACGUACCGAUGGUUAAUCCCAAUCCUGAUAGCAUUCUUCUCCUUCAAUGAGAUCGCAUUUGCCAUAGUAUCCGCUUCAAUCUGCUGCUGUUGCUCCCCUCUGAGAACGAAUAGGGUGAAAGUUCUCCUUGCCACACAAAGAGAAGACAGUAAAUUAUUCACGGUAUCCAACAAAUUCAUUGAUCCGGAACCGGAAACAACAAAGAAACCCCACAAUGUCAACAAAAAACCCGAUCGCUGGCCUAAGAAGGAAAACAAACCUAUUCAAGAGGAGCCUGUUGUCAUGGAGGAGGAGCCAUAUUUCUCGAAUGAGAAUCUUGCAAAUCACAAAGACCGCCCCACAACAAAAGAUUCCGUCGCCAGCUACGUCAGGCUGAAGAGGCUGGCGCUCCCAUCGUCAGAGCCACUGACGACGUUCUAAGGGAGACAACUCUAUGUAAAAUUGUAGACUUGUUUUGAUCAAUGACAGACUAUUCUGUCGAGAAACUGACAAAUAUUAUCCAUAUUAUAAUAACAAUUGAUUAUAAAGAGACCAAUUAUGGUCUAUAUACAAUCAACCCUUUAGCUAAGAUGUUUUUAUCACUUAUAAUGACGCCCCCCCCCCCCCCCCCCCCCCCCCAAAACAAAUGAAAUAUUCAUAGUUUUUUUUUAAAAUGUUUACUUUGAAAAAAGAAUGCGUUGUCAAGAAAAAGUCUGAACAUGUUUAUAAUUUUGAAACGUUCAUGUCAACACUUAUCGGAUAAAUUCGUGUCGUAUAAAUGACCAAUGGUUUACACAAUUAUGAUUUACAAAUUCCGUCGUACACCCAGAUCUUCAGUUUGUUUUCGUAUUGUAAGAUUUAGUUGCUACAAAACAUUCACUGACAAAGGACCAUCCAUCCUGCAUCGAAUUGUUUUUCUGCGCGAAAAGAUUGAAUUUGUCUGAUUGAUAGGCUUUAAUUGAUCAUGAUAUAAGUCGAAAAUUUGUUUCACCCAACAUGGUUUGUAUAAGCCUAAAAGUAACAACGACGUGUAGAUGUAAGCAUAAAUCGGUUGAGUGACUUCGCCGAUGGACCUACAAACAUAUCAUUUACAUGUACUUUGAAUGGAUGUUUACAUGUGUAGAAAAUAAAGAUUUAUAUAGAA